AUGAAGUAUUGGUCCAUGUACCAGCAGCAGACUCGGCUGAAAGUGAGAGGGCAGCAAAGAGGUGGACGGUUUCCAGCAGCUGCUUCGGCCAGGACUCAGGAGGAGGAGGAGCGAGAGCGCGCCAAGAACGAGGUGCAGCUCAGCAUCCCGCAGGACCACCCUGUGCGCAGGCUCCUCUACAAGUUCAAGCCGCGGCACAACGGCAACAACGGCGGCUACACAGACGCAGAGACGCACCAGACCCAGAACCUGCAGCAGCUUGAUCACCCCAUGCAAGAGUACAGCGCCGACAACAGAGACAAGCUCCAAGAGGACGAGAGAGAACCAGAGAAACUGAGAGAAACUGGCAAACGCGAAACCAACAAGAGAGAGAGCGACAAACACAAAGCCGCAGAAAGCAACAGUGAGGCGGUGAUCCAGACUUUAUCUAAACCAGCGAAAGCCCCCAGCGCCUGGAUGCGUCUCAAAGGCAGUGCGGCAGACGGAGCGCGGCGAGACUCGCCUCUGACCAAUCAGAAGGCGGCGUCCGCGGAGAUGUUAGCGCCAUCAGCAUCGGCGCCGAGCGAGGAGGCGGACGGCAAAAAUCUGCGAAAGACUGACUCGUGCGACAGCGGCAUCACCAAGAGCGAGCAGCGCAUCGACGAGACGGAGACGGUAAAGGAGGCGCUGGACGAGACGCGGCUGCAGCUGCGCACCGACAUACAGGCGCUGGGAGGUCGGCUGCGGCGGCUGGAGACACAGGUGCAGAUGAUCAUACAGCUGCUGUCUGACGAGCGGCAAGAAGGAGAGAGAGAGGACCAGGCCGCAGUACCAGGGGCAGCAGGCAGGGGGAGCGAGAAGCAGGACAUCUUCACCGUGUCCAGACCGGUGACUCCUGAUGCACACAGGGGGAGGGGCUAUGAGGCACACAGGGGGGAGGGGCUAUGA